CAUCUGUCGUCUUUGCCAUUCUCACAUCCCCGUUCUCUCCCACGUCCAAUCUCGCUGCCAUCCACUGCCUCAUCACAUGCCCUCUCGCCGCCGGAGAUCAGUCACCCCUCGCGAUCCCGACCGCGCCGCGCGCGCCGCCCAACUCGGGCUACGGAUCGCGCAUAUCGGCACGCUGGCAUUCACUGCGGCCAUCUUUGCGUAUCUCACCUCGCUCUUCCGUCUCGCCCUACUGUCGACAGCGGUAGCAUGGGCGUUUGCCGCGUCCGUGAUCGUCCUUGCCGCCAAGCUUCUCGCCGAACGGCCUAGUGCCGCACGCAGAAGACGUCGCGCACGCGUCUGGGCGAGCGUCCACGCCCUCAUCCGCGAUGGUGUGCGCAUGAUUUCGUGUGCGUCCGGGCGCGCUGCGGCCGGCAUGGCCAUGUCUGUGUCGUCGACGCUCGCGUCCCCGCUCGUCAGCCCGGCCAAGGGUGCCCUCUCUCUCCCGGACGAGACCAAGCUCGACGAGGCGCUGUCGCCUGCAUCCGGCGCGACACUGUCACCCCCCACCCCGCCCAAGCUCACGCCGACGGUGUCCGCGUCCGAGUCUGAAGCGGGCGCCCGCGCAGAGGAGCUGCUGGGCGUGCUGGCUUCCUUCCCCGUGGCGCUGCACCACCAUAUUAUUGGGCUGCGCGCGUUGCCGCAUCCCCCGCUCAUCGACCUUCUCCCGGCCGGAUACUUGUCCUCACUGAAGCGAACUGAUGCGCGCGUGCGCUUUGCGGCGAGCCACGCUGGGCCGAGCGGAUCGGGAUCGCCGCAUACCGCCAAGAAUGGCAUCGCGAAUGGCGUCGAAAAGGACGGCAGCGACGACGAGAGCGACGGCGGGCUGGGCGCGCGCCCAGCGAAAAAAUCGAAUCUUCAGACACCUUAUCCUGCAAAUCUCCCGCUCUCGCUUCUGCGGCUCAUGGAGGCGUACAUCCUCGGCCUUGGCGGCCUGCCUGCUGAGCGGGGCGGAUGGACUGCGGUGCAGACUGAACGCGCACUCGACGUCGUCAAGGGCCUCAACGUUCAGCUCUCCAUCGCGGAGGGUGUCUACGACGAACCACCACCACUGAUCGAUGUCCGGCUGUGCCUCAACAUUGCAUUGGCAGUUCUGCCUCUGUGGCUGGCGACGGUUGUGCGCGGCUGGAUGGCAGUGCUGCUGACGAUUGCGGUGUCUUCAUGGGCGAAAUUUGUGCUGGAGCCUGCACUGACUGAGCCUGAUCCUGCUUCCAAUAACCAUCCUCUUAAAUGCACCACGCUCCAGACAGUGCACGAGGCCAUUGACACCUGUCCCGCCCUCGCAAGGUAUUACCGUGCACGGCUUGUCGCGCGCGUGGGUGCCGACGCCCCAGAGGUCAACGAGCACGACCGACGUAACCGGCGCGACCGGGACGAGUGGCUGCCGACUUUUAGUUGAGAGAUAUACGCGAUCUUGGGCUUGGGCAUGGGUGGGGUAAAUGUAACUAGUAGUAUAAGGAUAUGUAUGUUUCUGUUUCUAG